AUGACACUGGCAGAGCAGAACGACAGUGCAGAUGUCAAGUUGACAGAAAUUGAGACGGUAGCACAAGUGGACCUCGAAAAGGUUUGGGCGUGGAAUAAGGUGGCUCCAGAACUGAUCGAGCGAUGCGUCCAUGAGAUAUUCGAAGAGAAAGCUCAUGACCAGCCUAAUGCAAUUGCUAUCUGUGCGUGGGAUGGAGAGUUACUUUACGGCGAAUUGGAUCAACUCGCUACGAAACUAGCAAAUCGACUCACUGAAUUGGGGGUUGGACCGGGUCUACUAGUACCUCUCUGUUUUGAGAAGUCGAUGUGGACGACAGUUGCCAUGCUUGGUGUGCUUAAGGCCGGUGGAGGGUUUGUGAUGCUUGACACCUCAAUGCCAGAGCAUCAUCUCCAUCUUAUGAUCCAACAACUCAAAGCAGACCUCAUUUUGUCUUCUGCCUCAAACCAAGCACUCAGUUUGAAGUUGGCUCCGAAUGUGGUUCCUAUCGAUCGAAGAUUUUUCACCAACUUGGAAGUUCAAACAAAUUCGCGCCUUCCCCCGGUUGCCCGUCUUCAGUCAUGUGCCUGA